CUUCCUGCUCCUGCCUUUGGUCGUCACACUCAGAGACUCACACUCGUUUCUAGGCUCCGUUCCCCGCAAGUUUGUCCCCUUCAAUGGUCAGAAACCAAUCAGAGAGCAGAGAAAAGAGAUUCUGCAGCUUUCACCUCCCGCUGCACAGCUCGCUCUUGUGAAGACGAGUCUUACACUACACUUCAUUCCAUCUUCAAGUCAACACAUUAAACUACAGAUCAAAAUGUAAACCCUGGUAACGCUGUCACAGCCAAAGGUUUCAUAUCAGAACAGAGCCAUGUUCCUGAGCCGUGUUCUUAGAGAACGUCACAGUCAACAUGAAACACCAGCGGUACUGAACUGUACUAGAGCAGGUCAUAAGAACCAAAACAGUUUCUUUUCUUUUUACAGAAGUCCAAGCCGCUGUGUUUAAUGAGGACGGUGUGACAAACUACAGCACAAUGUUGAUAAGAGAAGACCUGGCUCUACUGCUAGUGGGCGCCAAAGAGGCUGUGUAUUCUCUUGACCUGAACAACAUAACUAGGAAACAAUCUUCAUUGAAAUGGCCAGUGAGACCCGUCGAGAACAAACUGUGUGUGUUAAAAGGGAGACACUCGGUGUCGGAAUGCAGGAACUACGUAAAGAUACUGCACAAGAAGGAAAAUGGAAACAUGCUUGUUUGUGGAACCAAUGCGUUUGAUCCCAAGUGUUGUGAUUUGUACUUUUCAAACAGAAGUUUAACUCGAGGGAGCAGGAUGGAGAGUGGAAGAGGAAAGAGUCCAUUUGAUCCUGCCCAGAGACACGCCUCCCUCAUGGAUGGUAACAAUCUCUACUCAGCCACUUAUGAGAAUUUCCAGGGCAACAAACCCACCCUGACCCGCAGCUCUCCUGAUUUCAUAAAAAACGAAGAAUCCAACAAUGUGUUAAACGAGCCAACGUUCGUGUACAUGGCUCAAAUGCCAGAAGAUGAAACGAACCAGGAAAAUGAUGACAAGGUCUACCUGUUCUUCAACGAGAACGCUCUGGGUCAGUGUGAGUUCUACCAGAAGGUGGCGGUCCCUCGGGUGGCGCGUGUCUGUAAGGUAACACGAGCCUUCUGUUUAUUCACAAACUGUGCAACUUAUCACAAACGAGUGGAUGUUCCUUUCAGAAAUGUUCAACUGAGGUACGGUUUUCAGGGGGAUCUUGGUGGUCGGAAGAUUUUGUACAAGAAGUGGACCACGUUCCUGAAGGCCACACUGGACUGUCCAGUACCUAGAUCUCCACUUCCUUACAUCAUUCAGGAUGCGUACCUUUGGUGUGAUCCCAAACUGCACUGGAGGAACUGUUUGUUCUACGUCAUCUUCACAUCACAGAUUGACAAAUCCCACCCAACAGCAGUGUGUGUCUACCCAGUUUUGGACAUCAUCACAAUGUUUGAAACAGGGACAUACAGGCCUUCAGUUCACAGAGAUAUUCCACUCAUGUACAGUCAAAAUAUUCCUUUCCCUCGUCCUGGAGCUUGCAUAAACAAUGAAGCUCAGAAGAUGGGGAUAAAUCAGUCUGCAGACCUCCCAGACAACACACUUUUAUUUGUCAAAAAUCGACCCCUUAUGGACCACACCAUCCACCCGCGAGGAGAGAAGCCUCUGCUGAUCAGAGAAGGAGCCACAUUUACACGCAUCAUUGUGAACCACGUCAGCGCUAACGACGGCCAAGCUUACAACGUCAUGUUCAUCGGCACAGAGGACGGCACCUUACUGAAGGUAGUUGACUUUGGUGGAGAGGCGUUCAUCAUUGAGGAAAUACAACUUUUCCAGCAAAUUGAGCCAAUCAAAAUCUUGACUCUUUCAAGUUUCACGCAUCAGCUCUAUGUGGGAUCAGACUCUGGGGUGGCACAAAUACCACUGGCCAGCUGUGAGAGGGCAUCGUCCUGUCUGGACUGUGUUUUAUCAAGAGAUCCGUACUGCGGCUGGGACGGCGCUGAUGGGAAAUGUGUCGUUGUUUUGAAUUCACAAAGAAAGCUUGUCCAAAGUUUAAAGGAGGGAAACGUCUUCUCUUGUCCAAACUCGGAGCCGAUCACACCAGUGACCGUCUCCAUCUGGGAAGGCCAGAACCUGACGCUCAGUUGCCCUUUGCCUUCCAACCUGGCAAAAACCAGCUGGAGGCGGAAUAACAGCUCUGGGAUCCUGAUAGGCCGGCUCCACCGACUGGAAGACCGACUGGAAGACCGACUGGAAGACCGACUGCUCAUCUUGGAGGCCUCAGAGAGCGAUGAAGGCCUGUACCAGUGCCUGUCUGUGGAGCACCAGAAAAGUGUGGCGUACACGACAACUGUGGCUGAGUAUGAAGUGACAGUUAAUAAAACGAUCCCAAUCCAGACUGAGAAAAAACAAAUCCUGAAGGAAUUCACGGUGGAGACGUAUGAAUGCCAACUAGCUGGAGAUGCAGGAGUGCAUAUUUUACUUACAUUACCCACAAUUUCUCUAGUUAUACUUUUGAUUUGGAACUUUUAUAAAGGCCAUCUUCCCUGUACGUUUUGGAAGAAGAAUGUGAAACUCUACAGAACGUCACUGGAAGAACUUCCCACGAACUCUGUCUGUUGUUCAUGUAGCCGAAGGAAAGGGAACAAACCAAUGCAGGAAUCUGCUCUCUAAAAUUUGAAAGCCAACCACCAGUGGACCAGUGACAUCACCACCGGACAUGACAGUGACCCACGCUCUGUAUCCAAUACAUACUGCAGUGACAGUUCUGGGAUUUUUUUUUUUUUUUUUUUUUUAUAAAUGUGUCUCUGACUUCUGUUUAAACUCAACAGCUUCCUGUCGACCAUAUUUGUUACACAUUUAUACAUUUGCCAACAUUUAAAGUUUUUUCUUCUUUUCAGACACAGUAGCCACUAAUAUCACUCUGUUGUUGUCCUAGUAAUACCACACGUUUAUGUCCUUUAUGGUCUUCUGUGUUUCGAUCUCUUAAUAAACAACAAUUUGAAUCUCUAAAAAACGAACUCCAUUUUGAACAUUUUGGUGAUUGAUGGGUAAAAUUAAAUGUUGUUACUCGAUUGUAACUAUUCUUAUUAAGUGUUAGAGCCAAAUCGCCCUGCUCCAACUUUCCUCCCGUGCAGCCUACACCACGUGUCUGACCUACUGUACGUCUGAGCUCAUGAUACUCAACAUCACUUUGACAUAAAAACCAAGUGAUCACAGACUCAGUACUAGAGCACGGCUACAACUUCAACAACUUCUUCAGGACACAGCUGCAGUUUCCUUCGGCUUUUCUUCAGUUUCUAGGCAACUACAGAUCCUCUCAACAUUUCUUUAAUAUUAAACAAUUUAAAAAGUCAUUUUUACAGCUUAAAAAAAGUCCACACCCAUGACAGUUUUAUACAUUUGAUCCUACAGGACUCCUUCUCCUCACACAUCAAUGUGAACACUGACUUUCUCGGGUGGAUUUAGU